CCGAUUCUCGGCACCGGCGCGAGAUCUGCUGAAUGAGACAAAAUUGCGGUUUCUGUGCAGAUUCAGCUUCUUAAUUGUGCUUCUUCGUGCUUCUCAGCUACACUAGAAGUACCAUCUUACAUAAUCUCUUACUAACAGGGAUAGGGUGGGCGAGAUAGGCCUCGGCGCCGCGCCGCAACAUCGCGCGAUGCUCAUCAUUCGCGGCCCUUCUUCCUCCUCCUUUAUUCCCUCCUCCUCCUCAGUAAACACCCCACACAGCAAUGACCGGCCACUCAACGCUGCCACCUCCUGUCGAACACGUCGUCUCCGAGCCGCUGCUCGACGAGAAGGCCGCGCUGCAGGCCGCCGACCGGCUCGAUCUGCCGAUGCCGGACUACGCCGUCGACGAAAUCACGCUGACGCACGACGCUCAGUCUGCGCCUGCUUUACCACAGCCUACUUCUACGCCAGACUCCAAACAGCAGAAGCAACUACAGCAGCAACAGCUACAGCAGCAGCAGCAACAACAACAGCAGCAGCAGUCCUACUACGCAGACUCCACCCCGGCACCGCCCCCCCGCAGAAUGUCAACCUACGCCAAAAACCAAACCAUGUCCCUGCAACGCCGUCUCGCGCUCGCGAACCUCCCUCCAAUCACACCAGUCACAACCCGCUCCAAAGAGCGCGCGGCCGAGUCGGCGGCCAUCGAAAUGGCGCAGACGCCGACGCCGUCUUCAUCUUCUUCGUCUUCCGCGGAGCAGGCAGCCGCACAAGACCAGGGCAUUCCUAAAGUCGACAUCGACCUCGACACAAACACAGACUACAUCGCGCUCUCGUCCACACUCGAACUGCUGCACUCGCAGCGCGAGACCGCGACCGAAGACAUCCAGACCCUGCGGCGGCUGAAAGAGACCGCGCUCGACGAUCCAGAAGCCUUCAUCGAGAAACUGAAAGAGAGCGGCAAAGUCGAGGGCGCGCCGGCAAUGCAGAGCGUAGUCCGCGCGCCGAUCGUGCGGUGGAACAAGUACGGGAUCUCGAACGAGCUGCUGGAGAAAGAGGUCGAGAAGGGCGUCGUCGAACGCGACGCAAGGUUCGGCAGCGCUAGAGUGUUUGGCGAUCCGGCUGGACAACGGAAAGCCAGCGUCUAGCGACCUGAGCAAUCAAAAACCUGAAAAUGAACUAUGAACAAGGGGGAAAAUAUUUACAGAUGAUCUUAAAACCGGACGAUGUUGUCAUGAUUGUAUAUUGAAUUGAUCGCGUUUGUGUGUGGACGAGUAUAUGAAAAGUCGUCGUAGCCUGUCUUAUUCUUUAUCUAUUCCCUAUCUCACUUUCUUUUUUUCUUUUC